AUGUCUCUGCCCCUGGAUGAUCUUGAAGCCACAUUUUCGUUGGCUACGAAUGCAAUCCAUCGAGAUGAUCGCUAUGCCGGACCUGAUGUUGCGCCGGCAAUGCAUCCCAGCACGACUUUUCGAUAUUCUUACAACCCAGAGGAGCUCUCUCCUCAGGAAAAACUCUCUAAAACCGACAUGGUCUAUGCCAGACUUGCCAGACCGACCGGAUCUCGCUUUGAACAUGUCCUGACCACGCUUCUCAAAGGAGAGGUAUUGGUUUAUUCAACGGGGCUUUCUGCGAUUCAUGCCUAUCUAGUCCACCUCGGACCGAAGAGAGUCGCGAUUGGAGGAGGCUACCACGGCACACAUGCAGUUCUGGAUAUACAUCACCGCAUGUCCGGCACGCAGAAGCUAGGUCUGGAUGAGACCGAUAAGCUUGAGGCCGGCGAUGUUAUUCAUCUCGAGACACCUCUGAACCCAACUGGUGAAGCUCGGAACAUUGCCGCGUAUUCGAAGAUUGCAAAAGAGAAAGGCCUUUAUCUCGUGGUCGACUCCACAUUUGGUCCACCAGCAUUGCAAGACCCAUUCAUAUGGGGUGCAGAUAUUGUCAUUCAUAGUGGCACCAAGUACAUUGGUGGUCAUAGCGAUAUUAUGUGUGGCAUCCUGGCGACGCAGCGAGAGGAUCUGUUCAUGGGGUUAUGGGAGGACCGCUGUGCCCUGGGAAAUAUUCUUGGUGGCUUCGAAUCAUGGCUGGGGCUUCGAAGUCUUCGCACUUUGGAUAUACGGUGUCGAAGGCAAAGCGACAACUGCACCGCCCUCGUGGAAUGGAUGGUCGAAAUGAUCAAUGACAGUGAACCAAACCCGGUCAAUCAAACCGUGCAGAAACUUACCCACUCAAGCCUGCAAGAAAACGACAUGGAAUGGCUGCGACAGCAAAUGCCAAACGGAUUUGGCCCCGUUUUUGGCAUGAUGAUGAAGAAGGACGAAUUUGCGCAGUGGCUGCCGAGCAAGCUUCGCGUGUUCCAGCACGCAACGAGUCUUGGGGGUGUGGAGAGUUUGAUCGAGUGGCGACGAAUGUCUGAUCAUGCGGAGAAGGGCAAUGUUCUCCGGAUCAGCGUAGGAAUCGAAUCCUGUGACGAUCUCCAGAGCGACUUGUUAAAUGGCUUCCGAGCCUUGAUGGAGGAGGGAUUCGCCAACUAG